GGGAGAAGCCGCCCGGCCGGCAGCUCUCGCCGUGUGCGGAGCGGCGGUGGCUCGGCAGCCUCCGCCGGGCAUGCCGCCGCCCGGCCCCGGCCCCGGGCUCAGGGAGGCGGCGGGGAGGGACCCGCUGGCCGCAGACCUGCGGUGCAGCCUCUUCGCCGCCGCGCUGCAGAGCUACAAGCGGGACUCGGCGCUGAGGCCCUUCCCGGGCCGGUACGCGGACGGUGACACCAAGGACUUCGAAGGCCUGCUUGCAGAUACCAAUGCGCUGCCGAGCCUGAAAGAACUUAUACAGUCUCAUCCAAACACAGAGAAAAGGAGCUGGGAUUUGUUUAGUUGGAUUUUGUCACCUAAGGUCUUCAUGAUACAAAGUACUAAGAAACAAGAGUAUGAGAAGAUCCAAAAGCUCACACGGAUGUCUGGGGCUGCAGUUCCUGCUCCUGAUUACCUCUUUGAGAUCAUAUAUUGUGAUCAAAUGAACACCAAGUUUGCUGAGAUGAAGGGCGAGCGGGACCUCAUCUACGCCUUCCACGGGAGCCGCCUUGAGAACUUCCAUUCCAUACUGCACAACGGCCUGCACUGCCACCUGAACAGGACAUCUCUAUUUGGUGAAGGCACUUACCUCACCAGUGACCUGAGCCUGGCUCUCCUUUAUAGCCCUCACGGCCUCGGUUGGCAGCGAAGUGCCUUGGGCUCUAUCCUUAGCUGUGUAGCUGUUUGCCAGAUCAUUGACCACCCAGAUGUAAAAUGUCAAGUGAAAAAAAAAGAUUCAGAAGAAAUAGACAGAAAAAGAGCAAGAGUGAAAAACAGCGAAGGGGGUGACGUGCCACAGAAGUACUUUGUUGUCACAAACAAUCAGCUUGUUCGAGUUAAGUACCUGCUGGUAUAUUCACAGAAACAGCACAGACCUUCCAGUGAAUCUUCCUGGCUUUCCAGCCACCGUUUUGCCAUGAUGAUGCUCCUGUACCUCCUGCUGCUUCUAGUGAUAGGGGCCAGCAACUCCCCAACCUUUGUCUACUACUGGCACAGAAUGUUUGACUCUGAGAGGUGAAUUACUUGAGCUGAGGAACUCUUCUUAUUUUCACCAUGUGCCUUAAUAAAAAGCCAAUGUGCAACAUGCUGUGGCUGUUGCUGAGCUCUGGAAGGAGGGAUGCCUGGAGCUUUUCACUUCUCUCAUCAAUACAUCAUCUUCACAUUAGUGGAGGACAUAGAAUACAUUAUCCUCCAUUUAUUCUGAUUUUCUCUUCCUGGUGAUUCAUGAGGAUGCCCAGUGCAGCUGGAAGGGAUCACAGUGGUGGAGCUGAACACAAACCAGCUGCUAAGGAUUCACAGGAAAAGUAAGUUAGUUAAAAUGACUGAGAACUGAGUGUGGAAGCAUGUGGGUGUAACUGUGUCCUGUCAAACUGAGGGAUGUUUGCACAAGUUGGAGAGGAAGGUGUUUAUAUCAAGCAAAGCAACCUGCAAAGAGUCUUAUCAGUGUGAAUUUAGUGAUGUUGAGCACGUUAGCAUUGCAGAUGGGAUCAGUAUUAAAGCUAACUUUGGCCAGGGGGUUUUGUAUUGGAGCAGUAUGAUUGUAAGAAAACAACAAGAAAGAAAACUGCCACCAAAAUGGAAGAAGUUCCAUUCCAUUAGAAUGGUUCCUAAAACAUUUACAGGGUUUGUGGUCUCAGCCACAAUCUGUCUUGUCCUUGCUUAGUGUGCAGAUCGAGCAACCUCAGGCCUUUCAGCUUCAGUACUGAAUAAAGAUCUUUCCUGUCAAA